CCUUGACACAGGAAACCCCAAGGACCAAGCUAGGGAGGAGAGGCAGAUAGCUUUGUCUCCCUCCUUCCCACCUGCACCAUCCUACCCCAAUUCUAUCUCAAUCCUAUCAAUGGGGAGGUCCCCUUGCUGCGACGAGAAUGGCCUCAAGAAGGGGCCUUGGACACCCGAAGAGGACCAGAAGCUCACGGACUACAUCGAGAAGCAUGGCCAUGGGAGCUGGAGAGCACUGCCUAAGCUUGCAGGACUCAACAGGUGUGGCAAGAGCUGCAGACUGAGAUGGACCAACUACCUGAGGCCAGAUAUCAAGAGAGGAAAGUUCACACCCGAGGAAGAGCAGACCAUCCUCCAGCUCCACUCCGUCCUUGGCAACAAGUGGUCAGCCAUCGCGAAGCACCUCCCCGGACGGACUGACAACGAGAUCAAGAACUUCUGGAACACCCACCUGAAGAAGAAGCUGAUCCAGAUGGGCUUCGACCCGAUGACACACCGACCGAGGACCGACUUCUUCGCCGCGCUGCCACAGCUCAUCGCGCUCGCCAACCUCCGCCAGCUUGUGGAGCAGCGCCCGUGGGACGAUCAAAGCGCCAGCCAGCUGCAAGCCGAUGCAGUGCAGGCAGCAAAGCUCGAGUACUUACAGUGCCUGCUUCAGUCCGCAGCAGCCAUUGCAACUAGUCCCAGCUCCAGCAGCAUCAACACCAUCCCCACUGACCUAGAGCAAAUCGGCCUCCUGAGUCCUUCGCAGAUGUCUUCCUUGUCUUCGCUGUCAUCUCCAAGGAUCAUGGAGGGUAUCAAUGGCCAAGACUUAGUAUCCGAGCAAGUGCCUGACAUCCAGAUACCUAGUAGCUCAUUCUUUGAACAUGAACAGCCUAUCAUCAAUGGUACCAACCAGAACUCAGAUUACAGUGCAAACAGCGGUGAGGGGGAGAAUGGCACCCAGAAACCGCUGCUCCUGUCAGAGGACUCCCUUCCGCCACUUACCGACUUCCCUAUUUCCAACCUCGGCGAUGCUUGCAGCACCUCAAGCUGUGACGCUGAGGGCAACAGCACCCAGCUCCCUAUUUGGUCCGAUUCAUUUUAUGAUGAGUUCAUGAGCGAGUUUGCAUGAGUUCUGACUGCAAGUGUGUGCUACUCUUUGGUUUGCUUUUUCAAUUUUAGUUUCUCACAUCUUACCUCUUAUUUGUGAUGUGGUUUCCAUUGUAGUGCUGUAGCUCCAGUUGGAUUUUUUAGCGCUAUAGCUUUCCGCGUGCAUUGGCAACCCAUAUGCUCCUAUGCAUAUACAGUAUACGCCAAAACACUUGUACAUAUACAUCUGCUCCAAUAUAAGUCUUCCAGCUUGAAUUUUGUGCGACUUGUUUUUUUUUUUUUUUGCAAUUUCCUAGUUGAAGUGCUUCAUGGGAGACUGG